CCACCAUGUGAUCAGACGCGCUUGCGCAGGGAAUCGGGAUGUCAAGCGAAGAUGGGUUCCCGUUCACACCAGACAAGGCGCUCAUAAAUCCCAAAUUUGAGGGGUACAGACUUGGUUCUCUCGACCAAGAUGACUGUGUUUCGUCCUUUCUUCUCCCCAGAGGUGGGGCAUCGCAAGUUACUGGUUCGAAUUCUACACAUGCAGGUCUCCAUCCUCAACUAUCAUUUAAAGAAGUGCAGGAUCGGAUUGCAUUCAACCACCUCUCUGCUGGACUGGACGGGGUUACGCUUGGAUAUAUUGAUAAAGACGGGAUGGCGAUUCUCGUACGACUGGGCCAGGACGGGAAACCGCACUUCACGUCCUUUUUCGAAAUCCCAAAAAUCAUCCAAGGAUCGCAUACCCUGAUUGCUGAGUAUCCUUGCCUCCAAGCGCUGGAUCGAGAUACCUGGAUCAUCUCCGACGGUAAAGGAAACCUCUACAUCGUCAAGGAGACAACCGCUCCUUCCGAAUCUUCAGACCCUGUUGGGGUUCUCCUUGCUGCAUUUAGCGUGCCUCACGAUGACAUCGAUGAGCCUACCACUCCGAUGCGGUUGCAUGUUGCGCACACAGUGCAACCAAGUGACGUUGGAGGGAAUGAAAUUACUAUCCGGGUCCUGAUAUCCCACAAAGUAGUUAAAGAGCAAGAUAUCUCUACUUCUGAGUCGGGCAGGAAACAAAAAGCGAGAUCACACCAUAAAAUCCAGUUCAGACUUUCUGCUAUCUCCUUGCAGCUGCCCCGCCCAGUGGCAGAAGAUGCGAUGGAUGAGGUGACAGGGCCAAGGAAUGUGUCAGUCUUGUGGUCCGCAAUUGGCGACGACCUUCCAGCGCAUGUUCGAUACUCCCCAAGGCUCCGGAGUUACCUGAUCCUUGCGGAAUCCGCAUACAUUGGUGCCUCAUCAAUACCCUCGGCGACUACAUCUUUGCCGCCACGCGAUCCACUUCCGGAAGAGAUUGCACCAAUCCCAAGAGCUCAAGAGAAUCUUGAUGCGGAGAAGACGCCUAUUCCUCCGUCUAUUCCACCAUAUUCAUGGACUCAGAACGAGGAUUCCCUCACUAUCGCGUUCUUUCUUCCCGUUACCAUUCCAAAGACUGCCAUUCGCGCCACCCUCAGAUCCAGGGAUCUAUCCCUACUGAUCAUCGAUACGACUGGGAGCCUUGCGGACGCAAAAAAUAUGGGUUUAAAAAUUCCGUUCUUCGCUAAGAAACCAUGGUGGGGCGAGAUCGAUGCGAGCGCCAGCCUUUGGACGUGGGACAAGGAUGGCGACAGAGAGUAUGCCGCGGCUUCUGGAUCCGAUGCCGGAGGACCUACGAUCGGUGUAUUAACACUGUAUCUGGAAAAACGACACGAAAAGACUCGUUGGCCUCAUGUAUUCGCUUCAUCCGGGACAACUUCUACAGAUGGCCGACCCCCGGACGAUGAAGAUUCGGACGUCCCAGAAACGCUUGACCCGACCGAGCUGUAUGCAGCACGAGAAGCAUUGGAAAAGUAUACGAGUGCCGUCCUGUCUGGUGAGGACCCCGGUGGAUUGGAUUUAGGCAGAGGUCUCCCGAGUCUCUCACGGAAAGAGGUGGAUGACGAAAUAGACGACAACGUUGGUAGGAACUUGAUUAUGAUGUGGAGGGAGGCGGACGAUGGCGUUGCCCUGUUGCCUCCAGGUGGAUACGAGUGGCCACUCGAUCUACUUUCCCACCCAGUGCCGUUGCCACUCCCCGACCAUGAUGCCAAGGCUCUGGGGGCGUGGAGCAUCAUAAUUAAGAACGGAGUUGAUGGCCUAUUAUUCAAUUGCGAUGAUGCCUCAGUGGAAGGCAAAUCUCCUGCAUGGAAACACGAUUCAACAUUCUCUGCUCUAGCUUUUGUCCUUGCCUCAAAGCGAGACACUCGGUUCACAUUUCACCUUCGUGAUAAGGUUGUUGUGGCUUUUGAGAGCGGGGCGGCAUCGCCAAUCGGAGGGGGAAACGCAUAUAUUUAUCGCAGCAUUGACAAAAGAGGAGCCAAGUGGGCGAAGCAGGCUGUGUUGAAAGUAGGGGGUGGCACUGCUGGAGCACUGUUGGGAGUUGCCGGGUUACUGAGUAGCAACGGUCUAGACAAGUUUACGAUCGUGUGCUUGUGCGAGAAUGAGCUUGUCAUUGUCCAGGACAUCGUGUAGAACUACCGGCUGUGAUAUGCUUUGUCGUCAAUACUAGUCCAUCGAUCCACAAAACAAAAGUCGACGGCAUCUGGCGCCUGCUGAGGCAUGUCCG